UAUAAUCGGCCACACCCUAACAUCUCCUACAUAGUUUUAUUGUUUUUUUCGCCUAUCUUGCUCGGUCCUCUAUCCCCUCUCUAAAAUUCGAAACCCUAAAAAAGGUUCUCUUCGAAAAUCUCCGUCUCGGAACAAUCUGUCUUCACGCAGAUUUAUUUUUGUCUUCUGUAUUUAUUAGGAAAGUGAAAAGAUGAGUAGCCGUUCCAGCAGGACUCUUUACGUUGGAAAUCUUCCCGGUGAUGUUCGCGAGAGGGAAGUGGAAGAUUUGUUUUAUAAGUAUGGUCCUAUAGCUCAAAUUGACUUGAAGAUUCCACCAAGGCCUCCAGGUUAUGCAUUUGUUGAGUUUGAAGAAGCUCGAGAUGCUGAAGAUGCCAUUCGUGGUCGUGAUGGAUAUGACUUUGGAGGGCAUCGUUUACGGGUUGAACUUGCUCAUGGUGGUCGUGGGCGCUCAUCCAUAGAUCGUCACAGCAGUUAUAGUAGUGGGCGUGGACGUGGACCAUCCAGGCGUUCUGAAUAUCGCGUGCUAGUUACUGGAUUGCCAUCUUCUGCUUCAUGGCAGGACCUCAAGGAUCACAUGCGUCGAGCAGGAGAUGUUUGUUUUUCCCAAGUUUUCCGUGAUGGUAGUGGGACUACAGGGAUUGUGGACUACACCAACUAUGAUGAUAUGAAGUAUGCUAUUAAGAAACUGGAUGACUCUGAGUUUCGUAAUGCAUUUUCUCGGGCAUAUGUUCGGGUUAAGGAAUAUGAUUCUAGGCGGGAUUCCUCUCGAAGCCCUAGUCGUGGCCGAUCUCUCUCAAGAAGCAGAAGCCGAAGCCGAAGUAGAAGCCGAAGCAGAAGCCGUGGUCGGAGCUAUAGCCGAAGCAAGAGCCGCAGCAAGUCUCCAAAGGCAAAGCCUUCGCGCAAGUCACCUGAAAAGUCUAGAUCAAGGUCUCCUCGUUCCCGCUCUGCAUCAAGGUCUCGCUCUUUGUCAAGAUAUGGAUAUAUGCAGCAAACUGGGGAUUGGAUAUUGGGAUCUUGUGGGAAUAUGGUUCAAUUGCAUGCAAUCGUUUGGUUGCAGAGAUCUCCUUCAAGGUCCAGGUCUCCUUUGCCUUCUCGUCAAAAAGGAAGGAGCAAGAGUCCCAAAAGACGCAGUGUUAGCAGGAGUCCAAGUGGGAGCAGGAGCAGGAGCAGGAGCAAGAGUGUAUCCGGGUCUUGAUCUGAAGCUCCUCUGUUGUCUUUUCACUGGUAAGAUGCUAUUGCGGGGUGUAUCAGGAGCUGAAGAUGCCUAUGAAGCUUUUAUGUUUGGAUAAAAAUUAGCAUGGAGUAGUGCGUAACUUAUUAGAGUUGUAUCAACUAUGCUGGAUUUGAUCUUCAUUGCUAUAUUCAGAACAUCGGACGUUGGGUGUGUUAUUUUAACUAGACUGUUACAUACCUGGUUUUGCGAUACUUUUGAACAUGAUUUGAUUGUUGGGAUGCAAAAGGAAGCAGUUAGCUUGAGUAUGAUAUUA